AAAUGUGUGAUCUUUAUCAACUUAACAGGUUGAAGAUGCAAUGAAAGAGUGAUUCAGCUUCAGUUUGAUUUAUGUUUCUGCAAAUCCUUAUCUGGGUUGAAAUUCUGAACAAGAGGUGGUAAAAUUGGCUCUUGGUGAGAAGAAAUUCCCCUGCAUUGUUCUUUAUUAAGGAUGGGGAGGUUAUGCUUACGAAAAUGUAGGGUGGGCAGAAUAAUGGGUACACUUCAGAUUGUAUUGGGAGGGCUUGUUAUAAUAGUAAGCUUGUUAAGUCUCAUAAGGUUCUACUCAGCUGGAUUUUUCACUCGCAAUGAAGAUAUAUGCCGCCAAUUCUAUGGUCAGAAGGAUGAUUAUGAUGGUUUUGACAUAAAAGCAUUGUCUGAUCGAGUUGGGGAAGUACUAGAUAGGAUGGAAAGCUUGCAAGAAAAACUUGAGUUGGAAGUUAAAGAAAUGGAGAAACACAAAGAGGUCUUGGAUAGAAAUAAUAUCACAAGAUUGGAGUAUAAGAAGUAUCUGGAAGAGGAGGUAAUUAGGCCUCUUUAUGGCGCCCACAUUGCUCUUAGACAGAUUCGGCUACCUAAGGCUGAAGGGAUUAGGAACUCAACAAUGAAGGAGGAGCCUUUGAUUAACACUUUCGUGAUUGAGGAAAUUAGGAAGUACAUAACCCCAAAGGAGAAUAGGACUGGGAAGAUUAAUAUAUAUGGGACAGAGAGGAUACACAACACAAUUGGGCAUGCAUGUGUGUUAUAUAAGAAAGAAUUGGAAGAGUAUAUGGGUUAUGACAUUGGUUCUUAUUGUAAUGAUGACUGGAACCUAGCUCAGAAGCUUAUGGUUAAUGGUUGUGAUCCUUUGCCCCGAAGACGGUGCUUGACAAGGGCCUCCAAGGUUUACCAGAAGCCAUAUCCAAUCAAUGAAUCUCUAUGGAGAUUACCAGAUGGCAGAAAUGUAAGGUGGAGCAAUUACCAGUGCAGGAACUUUGAAUGCUUAUCGAGCAAGAAUCCUAAGCGAGGUUAUUCUAAGUGUGUAGGUUGUUUUGAGAUGGAGAAAGAAAAGUUAAAAUGGGUGACUAAUAGCUCACUUCCUGUGGAUUUACUGAUAAAUGAUGUUUUGACAAUCAAGCCUGGGGAGAUAAGGAUAGGUCUGGACUUUGGUGUUGGUACAGGGACUUUUGCUGCAAGAAUGAGAGAACAUAAUGUUACAAUUGUCUCAACUGCUUUGAACCUUGGGGCUCCUUUCAAUGAGAUGAUUGCACUAAGAGGUUUGAUCCCUCUGUAUGUGACAUUGAAUCAACGCCUUCCAUUCUUUGAUAACACUAUGGAUUUAAUUCAUACAUCUGGGUUUAUGGAUGGCUGGAUUGACCUGCUGCUGCUGGAUUUUAUUUUGUAUGAUUGGGAUCGGGUUUUAAGGCCGGGAGGAUUGCUAUGGAUUGACCGGUUCUUUUGCAGUAGAAAAGAUCUGGAUGACUAUAUGUACAUGUUUCUGCAGUUCAGAUACAAGAAGCACAAGUGGGCUAUUGCUCCUAAAUCAAAGGAUGAGGUCUAUCUCUCUGCAUUAUUAGAGAAACCUUCAAGAGCUAUAUAA